GACACGGUCCCAUUCUUAAAGAGGAUGGACAGUCCUAUUACAACACAUCUUACCAAGCACAGUUUAAGGGUGAAUGGAAUCCUCCUGCAAAGCCAAGUGUAAAGCAUUUAUCUCCAAUCAGAUUUGGGGAUCCUAGAAGCAAUGGAUCUAUAAGCGAGCAGAAACACGCCUACAGAGCCCCAGACAAGAGGACACACAGGGUCUACGACAAGGAACACGCUGCCUCCCAGAUCCACCACACGAACCUGCAGCUGGGAGAUGGUCGCACCAGGUUCUCCACCUUGACGUCGGAGUUCUUCCCAGUGCGUGCUCUAGAGCCUGUAACCAUUGCUCGUCCAAACAAAUAUACCUCAUCCAUCCCCAGAGGUGAUGAAGACCCUGAGAGAAAUCAAGCAUUGGCAAGAACCACGACACAGCUCUCCUACCCAGAGACUGACAGGUGGAACCUCCCACCGAAGCCUGAGCUGGUGCCGUGGCAGAAUCAAAGCAACUUCUGCUUGGGAGAUGAGCGUUCAGGCUCACAAUUCUUCAGCACAACGCAGCAGGGAGACUAUCAGCCACCCUGCCAGAGCCAGAGGGUGACAGCAGACAGCAGGAGACACCGCGAGAGCCACAUCCCCUUCAACUACCACAAUGAAAGUUCUGUCACAACCACACAGGCCAUGCUGCUUCCACACCGACAGCAGAAACAGCGACUCUCCGAAGAUGUGCUACAGCAGAUCAAAUGCUCACACCUGGACCUCCCCUGGAAGGCACAGAACUUCUUCAGGACUGAGCAGAAAGAUGCAUUCACACCCAAAUCCAGAGGCCCAGCAGAAAUCCUAAAGGCAGACUGCCAAGUGAGCCACAUACCUCUGGGGACCCUGAAAACAUACUGUCCCCAGAGGAAGGUGGUCUUCGCACCAUGA